AUGCUCAUGGCCAUGCUCCGGCCUGUUAAAGAGAAUCCAAACAACAUCAGAAUAGUUCUGAUUGGGAAGACUGGCAGUGGAAAGAGUUCAUCAGGAAACACCAUCCUGGGAAGAAAAGAGUUUGAAGCCAAACUGAGUCAAAGAUCCGUCACAAAGGAAUGUGUGAAAGAAAAGACUGAAAUAGAUGGACGGUCAGUUUUUGUGGUCGACACACCUGGACUGUUUGACAACAGUUUAAGCCCUGAAGACGUUCAGGAUGAGCUGGUGGAGUGUGUAAAGCUCCUGGCUCCAGGUCCUCAUGUUUUCCUGCUGGUUGUUCAGAUCGGAAGAUUCACAUCAGAGGAAAAGGAAACGAUAGAAAUGAUCAAAGAUAUAUUUGGGAAGAAUUCAGAGAAGUUCACCAUCGUUCUAUUAACUGGAGGAGAUAUCUUAGAGCAAGAUGGCCUCACUGCUGAAGAUUAUAUUGAAAAGGAAAGUGACGAUUCUUUCAGGAAGCUGAUCAAAAACUGUGGAGGGAGAUACCAUGUGUUCAAUAAUAAGGAAGUAGAAAAUCGAUCUCAGGUCAGAGAACUGAUCAGAAAGAUUGACGACAUGGUGAAGAAAAAUGGAGGAAGUUUCUACACCAAUGAGAUGCUGCAGGCGGCUGAAGCUGCCUUACAAGAGAAAAUGCAGGAAAUUGCAAAUCAGAGAGAAGAAGAAAUGAACAGAAAGAUGGAAGAACUUGAAAGAAAACAUAAACAAUUACUGCAGAAAAUUGAGGAAAAUAUCAGCAGAGAAAAUGAGCAGAGAAAGAAAGAGCAGGAAUACAGGAAACAAGAGGACAGGAGGAGGGAAAUGAAAGAAGAAAUUGAAAAGAUGAAGUUAAUGAAUGAGCUGGUAGACUUGGAGAAAAUGAUGGCAUCAGGAUUAAAAGGUGGAGAGAUUGAUGAAUCCUUGGAGGUGAAGAGACAAGAACUGGAAGAGAAACAAAGGCUGAUGGACGUUGGGUCAAGCCUCGCUUCGGCCAAUCAUCGUUCGAGCUCCAGUUUUAAAGGACCUCCUGGCCACGGCCUCCCCAACUGCGAUCAGCCCACCUCCGCCCCAUCUCCACCUUCUGCUCCUGGCUCUCAGGCCUCAUCCUCCUUCGCCCGCCGCCACCAGUACAGGCCCUAG